UCAGCCCAGCUCACAAUGAAAAUAAGGACCAGUUCCAGUUCGGAGGCAGGCGGAGAGAUGGGACCAUUCCGAACGGGCUCCGGUUUGGGGCCAGGUGGCAAGACGGAAUAUUUCCGAUGUAUUUAUGCCCCAGAGCUUGGGAUAUAGUGGGUAGCAUUUCUAAAUUGGCAACUAACAUGAAAAACGGGAAGCGCAAAAGAUCACGAGACAGUGGCACGGGCAGAAAAACAGCAGCAGGUGUCUUUCAGAGCUGUAUCAUCUCCUCCUGACAGAAAGCUGGAACCUGCCUUCAGGGGCCUUGAUGGUAUCUCGCUCGUCUGGGAUCCCGAAAGGCCGCAGGAUGGAAGAAGAAGACAGUUGCCCCGGCCCUGGCCCUGGCCCUGGAGAGGCGCGGUACGGGUGUGACGUGUGCGGGAAGCAGUUUGCCUACACCUCCUCGCUGUCCCGGCACAAGAGCAGCCACACCGCUGGCACCUGGUUUGAGUGUGAGGACUGUGGCAAGGGCUUUGUCUACCUGGCCAAGCUCAACACGCACCGGCGUACCCAUGACAAGGCCCGCCUGUACGCCUGUGCGGACUGUGGGAAAGGAUACCUGCACCCCUCAGUGCUGGAGGCUCACCGACGCUCCCACACCGGAGAGCGGCCCUUUACCUGCCCGGUGUGUGGCAAAGGCUUUGCCCAGUCCUCUGCCCUGUGCUCCCACCGGCGGGUACACAGCGAGGAGCGCCCCUUUGGCUGCGGUGAGUGUGGGAAGAGGUUUAAGAGUGCCCAGUGUCUGAUGAAACACCAGCGGUUACACACUGGCGAGAGGCCGUUCGGCUGCCCGCUCUGUCUGAAGCGUUUUGUGAGCGCCGGGGGGCUACUGACCCACCAGCGGGUGCACACCGGCGAGCGCCCCUUCACCUGCUCACUCUGCAGCAAGAGCUUCGCCCACGCCUUCAGCCUGCGCACCCACCAGCGGGUACACACCGGCGAGCGCCCCUUCACCUGCUCCCUGUGUGGCAAGGGCUUCACCCAGUCAUUCAGCCUGCGCACCCACCAGCGGGUCCACACUGGCGAGCGCCCCUUCACCUGCCUGGAGUGCGGUAAGGGGUUCACCUACUCCUCCAGCCUGCUGGGGCACCGGCGGGUACACACAGGCGAGCGCCCCUUCACCUGCCCACACUGUGGAAAAGGCUUCACCUACCUGUCUAACCUGCAAGCCCAUCGCCGGCUCCACUCAGGGGAUAAGCCACUGGCACCCCCUGCCCCACUCCCUCCCACGGGUUAGAGGGGGGGGGGGGGGGGGAUGCUCCUGCUGUACAGCCAGUCAGUCCAUGUGUCCACACCUCCCUCAACUUUCUAAAUCACUGCCCCCAUUCAAGCCCCCACCCACCAGCCCCCUCCCCAUUGUCACUGGGUAACACACAAUCACAGAAUUCAGUCCAUCGUGCCAGCACCAAUUUCUAUCCCCCUCGUAUCUAACCUCCUGCACUUUUCCCCAACAUCCCUGUAUUCUAUUUCUGUCCAAAUACCCACCCCAUGCCCCUCUGGAAUGUCUCUGUUGAACCUCUCCCAUUUCCAGGUAAUUCAUUCCACACUCUUAACUGUUUGCUGGGUGGAAUGGAUUUCUUUUUCACAUCACCCUUUACUUAGUUUGGACUUCACCUUAACUCUGCUCCUUUCGUUCUUGUUCUUUUACGAUCAGGAGUAACUCUGCCGAGACCCCCCUCUCCUCACUUACAACUGAAGGGGAUGCUUGGGGACAAGAACUCACCACCAUUUGCGGAGACUGACCCGAUCACCCUCGACUCCCAUUUUCCGGCCUUUUCCCCUCCGUUCCCCUUCCUGAUUUAAAAAAAACCCUCUCUCUCAGCCUCGGCAGCCCUCUGCGGUGUUCCCUGCUGAGAGAAGGCAUUCCUCUGGAGAUUCUGUGGGGAAUGAAUGGAUUGGAGGUGUGGGGGAGAGCCCGGAGCCUGACCAAUCUAUCUAACCUGGCCCGACCUGUCCCACAGAGAGCAGAAUCCAAAGUGACGCACUCGCUCCUCUCCAGACCCCACUGAUCCAGAGUAGAACACAGGUCACCCUCCAUCCCGAGAGUCUGUCCCCCGAUAACACACAGCCUUCAGCAGUUACACCACUUUUACACAGGCUGUUAGGGGCAGUCCUGCUGGUGACACCCACAGGAGGACUUGAAAAAAAAUCAGCAUUCAUACUGCACAAGUGGCAGGGAAUGACCAUUUCCAACAAAGGAGAAUCACUUAGCCAUCACCCCAUUUUACCGUCACUGACACGCCCAUUAUCCAACAUCCUGGGGGUUACCAUUGACCAGAAACUGGCCUGGACCCAACCCUAGAUAAACACAGCGGCUGGGAAUCCUGCAGCGAGUAACUCCCCUCCUGACUCCCCAAAUCAUCAACAAGGUACCACCCUGGAAUGUGGCAGAGUACACCCCAGUUGCCCUGGAUGGGGGCAAUUCCGAUAACACUCAAGAAGCUCAACACCGAGCUGGAGGGCUGCUUUGCCCCUGGCCAAUUGGCACUACAUCCACCCACCGACACUCAGCAGCAGCAGCAGCAGCAGCAGUGUGUAACAUCGCCAAGGCAGAAAUGCACCAAGUCUCUUUCAACAGCACCUUCCACCAUGACCAGUUCCACCUUGGACAGGGCUAGCAGGUACAUGGGAACACCACCCUUUGCUAGUCCUACUCCAAGCCACUCCCCAUCCUGACUUGGAAAUAUAUUGGCCAUUCCUUCAGUGUGGCUAGGUCAGAAUCCGGGAAUUCCCUCCCUAAGGGUCUACCUACUGCAGUGGUUCAAGAAGGCAGCUCACCCCCACCACCUUCUCAAAGGCAGCUAGGGAGGGAGGAGUAACUGCUGGGCUCUGUUCCUGACACCCACAUUGGAAAUGAACCAGAACAUGUCUUGAACCUGGCAGUGUGGAUAUCGGUCGUGUCAGUUGUAGAAUUCUCCUGUGAGCUCCCUGUGUGACCGUCUGCAAACUGAAGUGAAGGGUUAAUAAUGUCACUGAGUCCUGGAGAAAUGACCGGGGUUCCUGUGAGUUUCAGUUUCUGGGACCCUGAAUCAUUAUGUUUAGCUUCAGACAGUUUGUGUGGGAUGUCCCAGCUGCUGACCCGGUCAGUGUCCGGAUUGUGACUGUGGGGAGUUGGAAUCCCUGCAGGACAGCGUUACACUUCAGCUAAUGGCCCACUGUCAAUAAAUUCUCUGUAACAAGCA